CUCUUCACACUGGCAUUGCCAAAAACACCAAACGAUAACACCCUCAUUUCGUCUCCCCGCAACGUGUGUACGGUGACACUGGGCCUGGAAAGUGGUCGUGCAACAUGGAACGUGGUAGUUUCCCCGCAUAACAUGACCGUCUCGAUCGGCAUGUGUUCGGAUAUGAGGAUUCUUAUUGCUCCGCCAGACACGCGAUCGUCAUCGACCAGCUGCAAGCCUACCGUCGUUAGAUUGCCAGCAUGAGAAUACAAGGGAGCUUGCACCAUGACCUGCCAUCUGGUAUGGUCGAGGUCAUGACGUUAAAACCAUCCAGGCCGGUCUUCUUCAACAGGACCGACAUCCCUCACUCCUCUCUUCGCCAGCCCGAGAAACGGAUGUGAGAGUAAGACGAAUUCGGGCCCCGAAUAGCUUCAUUCCCAGUCAAUAACCACCACCACCAUGAAGGCCCUAACAAGCAUCAUCACCCCAAUCCUGGGCCUCCUCCCAGCCCGCCAAUCCUCACCACAACCACAAGCCCAAGCCCAAGUCCAACCACCCUCCUCCUGCCCCGACUACUCCUCCUACGCCAAAACCCGCCACGCCCCCUUCUCCAGCGGCCGCCACGCCCUCUCCUACCAACGUCCCUCCCCCUCCUGCCGAACCUUCAACUCCUCCACCAUCGAGUCCUUCAUCACCAACAUGUCCUCCGUCAUUUCCGACCCCGACCUCUACCGUUUGUUUCAAAACACCUACCCCAACACCCUCGACACCGCCAUCAAAUGGCACGGCGUUGCCGCACACGCCUCCAACAACUCGGCCGAAGAGGAAGAGGAAGAACUCACCUUCAUCAUCACGGGCGACAUCAACGCCAUGUGGCUGCGCGACAGCGCCAACCAGCUCGCUUCUUACCUGCCCUUUUUGCGUCCUUCUUCCAGCCGGGACUCGCUCGCUUCGCUUUACAGGGGCGUCAUCAACCUGCAAGCGCGCUACCUUUUGACUUCACCCUUCUGCAACUCGUUCCAGCCUCCCGCCGAGUCCGGGAUCCCGCCGGCAACCAACUCGGCUGCUGAGUCGGAUACGGUCUACCCGGGUUAUGACGCGGCGAAGGUGUUUGAGUGUAAAUACGAGCUGGACAGUCUGGCUUCCUUUCUUCAGAUCUCGGCUCAGUACCACGCCGCGACGAACGACACUUCCUUUUUUGGCAAGUUCCAAUGGCUUGAUGCCGUGCAAGUUGUUUUGGACACGGCAGAGGCGAUGAUGACGCCUACGUAUGGACCCGAGGGCCAGGUCCUGGAUAGUCCGUACACUUUUACGCGGAUGACCACCCGCACGACGGAAACUUUAGCCAACGACGGACUGGGCAGUCCCGUCGCGAGAGACACGGGACUGAUAAGAAGUGCUUUCCGACCCAGCGACGACUCAACCAUCUUUCAGUUUUUGGUGUCGAGUAACAUGAUGUUUGCCAAGUACGCAGGGGACGUUGCCUCCAUCAUCCACGCAGUGGCUUCCCAGCCCGGUCAAGGUGCAAAAGUGCCCCCGGCUGGUCUAGGCGACGAGUUAACCACCCUCUCCACCUCCCUCCGGCAAGCCAUCACAAAACACGCCAUCUUUCCUAUCCCCACCCUCAACGGAACAGGCAGAGAAAUUGUUGAACAAAUCUACGCCUACGAAGUCGACGGUUUCGGCUCUCACUCCCUAAUGGACGACGCCAACCUCCCCUCCCUCCUCUCCGCCCCCCUUUUUGGUUACCUGUCAUCUUCCGACCCCGUUUACCAAAACACGCGCGCCCGCAUCCUGGGGAAUAACACCAACCCCUACAUGAUGCGAGGGCCGGUGAUCAAUGCGGUGGGGGGACCGCAUGCGGGGCCGGGGAUGGGGUGGCCUAUGGGGAGUAUUGUGCGGAUUUUGACGAGUGAGUUGGAUACGGAGGAGAAGACGGAGGAGGUGUGGAGGGUGUUGAGAGAGCUGGUGGGGAGUACGGAUGGAUUGGGGUUGAUGCAUGAGAGCGUGAAUAGCUGGGAUGGGACAAAGUGGACGCGGGAGUGGUUUUCUUGGGCGAAUGGGUUAUUUGGGCAGAUGAUUUGGGAUUUAUGGCAGAGGAAGCCGGAGGUGUUGGGGAGGAGUUAUCAGUAGGUAGGUGUAGGGGUUGUGUUGUCAUGGGAGUG